CGCCUGGCCGAGGGGAGGAGGCGGCAGCAGGAGGAGGAGGAGGAGGAGCGGGCCGCAGCGAGCUGGCUCGGUUGCCCCUGAAGAUGGCGGCGGCGGAGGCAGCUGGUCCUCCGGGCGGGGGCUGCCCGGCGGCGGGCGGAGGCUCCGUGCCCGUCCUGUUCUGCUUCUCCGUCUUCGCAAGGCCCUCCACCGUGCCGCAUGGCGCCGGCUACGAGCUGCUGAUCCAGAAGUUCCUCAGCCUCUACGGGGACCAGAUCGACAUGCACCGCAAGUUCGUGGUGCAGCUCUUCGCCGAGGAGUGGAGCCAGUACAUAGACCUGCCCAAGGGCUUCCUGGUCAGCGAGCGCUGCAAGGUGCGCCUGGUGCCGCUGCAAAUCCAGAUGACGACUUUGGGCAACCUGACACCCUCAAGCACUGUGUUUUUUUGUUGUGAUAUGCAGGAGAGAUUCCGGCCUGCCAUCAAAUACUUUGGUGAUAUCAUCAGUGUAGGUCAACGACUGCUCCAAGGUGCACGGCUCUUAGGAAUUCCAGUCAUUGUAACUGAACAGUAUCCCAAAGGUCUUGGCAGCACUGUGCAAGAAAUUGAUUUAACAGGAGCAAAACUCGUGCUUCCUAAAACAAAAUUUUCAAUGGUAUUGCCAGAAGUUGAAGCAGCACUCGCAGAGAUUCCUGGAGUCCGCAGUGUUGUGCUGUUUGGAGUAGAAACUCACGUCUGCAUCCAGCAAACAGCAUUGGAAUUAAUUGGCAGAGGUCUGGAAGUUCAUAUUGUAGCUGAUGCCACCUCAUCAAGAAGUAUGAUGGACAGAAUGUUUGCUCUUGAGGUAAUGUUUCCUAAUUAAGGUUUUCUACCCCUUG